AUGGAUCAUGCUACAGUUCUGCGAUAUACUCUCGAAACGGUUGAGAAUGCGAAGCGAUGCCGUGUGAUCGCUGUAGGUGGCAGCUAUAGUGGUUUCUUGGCUCUUGCUUUCCGUCUGAGGUAUCCUAAAUUGGUAUAUGCUGCUUACGCUUCUAGUUCACCAGGUAGAUUGUACUCCCAGGAGGCCUCUCGCUUUGAUGGUAGAUAUUACAGUCGUGUAACUGAUGCUGCCGAUAGCAUUCGUUCUAAUUGUUCCAAUUCGGUUAUUAAAGCCUUUGACGACUUCGUCCACCGUUACGCUGGAAGGGUCACUUUUGAGCAGGCCAAGAACGAACUUAAAAUUUGCAAUCCCGAAGUCUUUGGUAGGGAGGAUGGCUUGUUCGAGGAGCUCGUGCAAAUGGUUCGAAUGGAGUUCUCCGGUGCUAACAUGGCAAGUUAUCCACCUAGCAGCAAUUCACCUACCUACAUGUUAUGUACAAUGGUGGAACAAUCAGGCAUUGCGGGUAUCUUCGAAGCAAUGACCCAAGGUAGAAGGUGCGUUGAUGUUACUCAGCAUUUACCCUCUCCUAAUAAACAUGGUGUUUAUUCGGCUUCGUGUGGAGAUUGGACUGGUUGUGGGGUCGGACGAGCUGGACGGUCUUGGGAUUGGCAAACGUGCACUCAGCUUGUGGAACAUAUCUCUAGUUAUGGUCCUCCAUCCGAUAUGUUCCCUCCUCGAAGGUUCUCCGUGGAUCAAUGGCUUAACGCUUAUUGUGAAGAGUCUUUUGGGAACAACGUCUUCCACAACUUCUCCGAUACUACUCGAGAGCAUCGACUCAACGACCUAUGGGGCUUUGAUGAGGCCACCUUGCCUGACAUCACCUCACGUGUGUUAUUUGUUAACGGUGGUAUGGAUGGCUGGACGGCAGGCGCGGUGACUAGAAACCUUUCGGACACUAUAAUAUCGCUUAUGAUUCCCAGCGGAGCCCACCAUUCUGAAAUGAAGGAUCCAUCGGACAAUGAUACAUCUGAUAUGAUUGCUGCCCGGGAUCAGAUUGACGAUAUCCUGAGUCUCUGGCUGGGCUCGGUUGAUCUCCAAGAAGCAGAAGAAGCAGAGGCUUAUGAAGUUAUGAUCUGA